CCGGGGACCGUCGCACAACUAGCAAAAUGGCCACCAUGAUGAUGCGCUCUCGCGUUGCCGCCGGUGUGCGCCCUUCGCGCGCAACCGCCGUGCGGGUGUCCGCGUCGACCCGCCCGAUGUGGUACCCCGGCGCCACCGCGCCUAAGCACCUGGAUGGCACCAUGCUGGGCGACUAUGGCUUCGACCCACUCCGCCUGGGCACCAACCCCGAGCAGCUGAAGUGGUUCCGCGAGGCGGAGCUGACCAAUGGCCGCUGGGCAAUGGCUGCCGUUGCUGGCAUCCUGUUCACUGACCUGGUGGGCCUGCCGAAGUUCUGGCUGGCUGGUGCCGAGAAGUAUGCUCUGGACACCCCCACCCUGGCUCUGAUCGAGGUGGCUGUCUUCGCCGUUCUGGAGGGCAAGCGCUACGACAUCUACAAGAAGACCGGCGAGACUGGUUUCCUGUCGUUCGCUCCCUUCGACCCGCUCGGCAUGAAGAGCGAGGAGAUGAAGCUAAAGGAGCUCAAGAACGGCCGCCUGGCCAUGCUUGCCUUCGUGGGCUUCUGCUCUCAGGCGGCCGUCCGCGGCAAGGGCCCUAUUGAGUGCCUGACGGACCACAUCGCUGACCCCGGCCACGUCAACAUUUACACCUCGUCGGUGGGUCCGGAGACUGCCGUGACCGUGGCCGUGCUGUGCGUGCUGCCCAUUAUUAUUGAGGCCACCAAGACCCUGAACCCGGGCAAGGAGGCUGUGCCGUACUUCCCAUGGAACGAGCCCUGGAACAAGGUCUAAGCGAUGGCCUUGCCUGGCGCUGGGUUGGAGUCACCAUCGGGAGCUAUGUGCAUUUGUGUGCCGCCAACCGGCCGUGCUGUCGUCUUGGCGUCAGCCUCGAUCGUUUUACGUGGCUGUCAGUAAUCGCGGGUCCCUGUUGACGGAUUUGUCGGCUUGAGACCGGAAUGAGGGCUGUUUUGGGAUUUUGGGAUGCCUUGCGAGCUAGCUAUACACGGCGAUAGCGCGUGAGACACGCAGGCUUGACGGAGGCUCUCUGUGCCCUGUUGGUCCUGGACACAAAUCUUGUUGCAGGGUGGUAUGUUGGGUAGUAUGCACAUUGGGGGUGGUUCGUGGCGGGCAUCAACGAUGUGCGCUCGACAUCCGGCCAAGUUUUGCUGUGUGGAGCUGUUUGUGGAUGCAUAGCACAUCGGGGUGUUGCUAUCUUCCACACAUGUGUAAGCUGAAAGGAACAUAUACCGCUUGCAAGCCCAAGUUACAG